AUGUUUUCUUCCAAGAAGUCAAUGGUAGGCUACGUGGAGGACGUUGACGAGGAAAUCGGCAGCACCAUUGGCCUGGAGAGCACUCGACGAUACGCCAGAUCUGAUUACGCCCGAUCUGAGGCGCCCAGAAGCCCUGAGCGAUCCAACACCAGCAAGCCACGCAACGACAGAGACUACUCAGACUCCGAGAGUGAAGAGUCGGCCUCCAGCCUCAGCAGCGCUCCUUAUUCUGACGACGAGACACACGCACCUCCCAAGAGAGUGAAGAUGAGGCCUGUUGCUGCCAAUCCUCAACGCCCAAUGCACCCAGGCCGCGAGCCUCGCCGCGAUCCUCGGGAGCCUCGAGACCCUCGCGGCCCCCGAGAGGUCAGAGACCGCCAGAGGAAGCCCAGAGAGGACGACGAGCCAAGGAGGAUGAGGCCCGAGCCCAAGGACAGAGACGCCAGAGCCCCGCGAGAGCCCCGAGGUCCCAAGAAGACUCGGCCUGGCCCUCCCAAGCACGCCGCCUCUCAGCCUGUUGUCAACCAAGCUGGCUACCGACGAGGACAGUUCGAGGACCCGGCUGCUUACGGAGUCCAACAGCCUGCUGCCUCUGCGCAGCGACCUCGAGCCCACACUCGUCCUGCAAGCUACUAUGCAGGCCAGCCGCCCCCACAGCCUCAUCCUCUGGACACCUGGAAUGGGCCUCCUCCGCCAUUCGGCAUGCCUGGCUUCCAGCCUCCGCCCAUGUUUUCUCCUCUUGGUCAUGGCCCUCCUGGUGGGCCUCCAAUGCACCCCAACAUGCCACCUCAGUCCCCCAUGGGCAUGCCACCGCCGGGAUCAUUCUUCCCUUUUGAUGGUCCCAUGGGGCCACCUGGACCAUACGGCCCGCCUGGGCCGCCUCCUCCGGGCGAGCAGCCAAGGCACCGCUUUGAUGGACGCCCCUUAUCUGCCAUUGGCUUCGGCUCUCCCCAAGAGGCCUUGGAGUACUUUCCUGAGGAGUAUGAUGGCUAUGUCGAAGAGCCGUCCCAGAAAGUUGCCCGCCGUCCCUCGCGGCCCAAGAAGCAGCCGAUGCCCGAAGAGCGCAAGAAGAUGCCUCCUCCAGAAUAUGCUCCAAAGCGUACCCAGUCGGCAAGGCCAACCGCAGGCGCCUACAAGCCGCCCAUGACACCGCGCGAGCCCCUACGGGAGCAGCCGCGAGACCAUCUGCGAGAGCAAGCACGGGAGCAGGCACGGGAGCACAUGCGUGACCAGCGUGAGCGCGCACAAUCACGACCGGCUCAGCAGCGACCGCCUCCAGCUCACCGGAGGUCUGUUGGCUUCGUGGACACGCAUGGCUUCGAAGACGACGAGUAUCUGGGCGAUGAGGUAGAUCUCUACCAAGAAGUUUCCCCCAACCAGCGCCGCAAUGCCCUUACUCGGCCUCGACGCAGCCACUCUGUCGCCUAUGAUCAAAACGGCUAUGACAUUGUCCCCGCCGGCAACCGGGGCCGUCGCGGGUCCAUGUACGGGCCUGGGCCUCAUGAUUCUUUUGGUGGUGCCAGCCUUGAGGAAGACAACAGGUACUUUGAUGCUCUGCGGUACCAGGAGGAUGUCAGCGGAAGCACACCGAUGCCCUUGACUGCUGAGUCGCUGCGCAAGGCAUCCAAGCGUGGAGAGUUGGCCAGCAGCCGAUCCACCAGGAGCAGCGGAAGCCAUGACGAGAGCGACUACAGGCGAAGCCACACCACUGGCCACACCACUCAAUCUUCUGCCGCCCACGAUGACUUCACCAUCAAGGUGUCUGGGCAAGCAGUCGUCAAGAUGCCCGGUGCUCAGAUUGAGUGCGAUGGAGGCGAAAUCACCUUUAGCAGCGGCCGAAACGGAGCCUCUGGUUCGGGGCCACCAGGCGCUUCUCGCGCUGGCAGCGAUAAGGAGAGCACCAUCUAUCAGCUUGAUGAUGCGCGAAGCUCUCGCAUGGACCGCAAGGCACUGCCGCAUCGCCCUCGCGCAACUAGCCAGUCCGAUGUCCACAGCCGCAUCUAUGCUCCGCUGCGCGACCCAUAUGAGCACGCCUCGCACGGGCACGCCCCGUUUGAGCAUCUUUCCUAUGAGUCCUAUGGCUCGCAUGAGCGUGAGCGUAUUCCUCACGCACCCUACGACCCGGCCCUUGCUGCUUACGACUAUGAUUGAUUACGACCAAAACAUCAUGUUUGAUGAAUAAAACACAUUCACGAAACAAAAAUCACGAUUAAUGACAUGAUAAACAAAAAUGUGCAGCAUUCUUCUUUUAUCCUUUGUAUCUGCCUCGAUUUGCGAAAGCAAGCGCUACUCCCUUUGGGGGUUGCCUGCUGCCAAAAUUUCUUUCUUGAAUUUCACUCUUCGUUUCUAUUUGUGUUUCUAUUUUACAGCCGUUUCUUUUCUUCUCUUCUUUACUGCCUUCACAUCUUGCGCUUGUCUUGGUGGUUCAUAUACCCUGCCGCCAUUCUACGGCGGCAAACCAUUCUGAUACCCCCAAAAAAUCGUUGGCGAUGGAAGGAUAUUGUGUUUUGGCUUCUAUUUGGCGGACACGUUGAUACAUGCGGAAGGGAUCUUGUUUCAUUUCAUUUCACUCCACUGUUUUUUCUUCUUCUUCUUUCUUUGCGAGUCGUGCUGCCUGCAGAGUGUCGGUGAGAUAAUUGAGCUCGAUUGGGCGAGCUGAGAGAAGCUGGUCUGACUCCUCUCCCGACCUUGCCGCAUGAGAAAUGGCGCCAUCUCUGAGGAGGGCUGUCUUCUGCUGGGCAUAAUCCAUAUUCCCGACAUACCAUCACCCACCUCAACGGCAUUCCCACGGUCAGCACGAUGUGGAAAACGUAUUGGAUCAAAGGCGAUAUUUUUUUUCUUAUUUUAAUUUCUGGUUGUGGGACAAAUUCAGUCUAUUACUUUAGCGGCCCGUUAUGUGUUAAGAGGAGGAAGUUAUCGAAUUAUUUGAUCUUAUUCAUGUCUCAUCAAAUGUUACCAAAACGAUAGAAUGUAUGAGCAACGGGGGUUCGCACCCCCUUCACUCCCUCUGCCAAUACACGCGGGGCUCUUUUUGUUUCUCAACUGGCAUUCCAACCUGCUUCCCCCGUGCUCCUCUCUCAACUCUUUCCCCCCUUCCUCUCCUUUCAUCCUUCGAAAGAGAGAAGAGUGCCGUGAUUGGCGACCACGUGCAUUCGAGCCGGAGUCAAUACCCCUCACGGCUUACCCUUGUGGGCUAGCACGC